AUGCACUAUCACAAAUACGUUAAUGGUCGCCACCCUGAUAUCUACGCCGUGCGGUAUUAUUUCCACCUUACAACUGAUUUAUGUUUGAAGUGGAAGGCGAUUAUCGGUGAGUCACCGUUAUACAUGAGAAAUCUCUUAUGUCUGAUUUACGAUCCCCAAAUGCGAUUGAUCAGACUAUAACCCGCUGUUUGUGAUUCUACCGGCAUGUCUAGAUUGAUACUGCACCCGGUAAGAGCAUAUCUAUUUGAGA